UGAAAAGAAGGACAUAGUCAACGUGGAAUGAAGUGCAUGUAUAACGCCAAGAGAAAAAAGUAUUUGCGAAUCUACCAAUUCUGUAUGAAUCGAAUGACAUUACACAACCCGAAUUGUAUGAUAUAAGAUAUAUUAGGACUCCUAAAACGUAUGUUUAACUUUGGGUAAACAAGGUAACAAUUUUAAUUCGUAAAACACAGUUAAUUUUGUUUAAACUUUAAUCUUAACCGCUCAGCUUUAGAUAUGGGUACAUAUUAUUCAAAACAGUCAUUAAAACAGAUUAUGUCGCAAGUAAUGUCUUAUUAAACUAACAACUCUCUCUGUGAUAGCCGGCAAAUUAUUUAUUUAUUAUUAUUGUGCCAGACCAUCGAUUUAAUCGACGUGAUUUUCAUCAAGAGAGCGCCAAUUCCAAUCGGUGCCAAAAACAUUGUUGUAUAUUACGUAUUAAAUGAAUUCAUGAAUGACAAACUUACAUUUACACAUAUACAAGUGCAUACAGAUUUCUAGUUAUGGAUAAACGUGGAUUAUACAUAAUAUGCACCUACUUACAACAAGUGUUACGAGCGAGUGUUACGGAAUUGCAUAAAAGUCCAAUCAGAACCGUGUGGUAGGUAAUAGUGCAAUAAACAAUCAUUAUUGUUGAUAAAAUAAGAAAUUAUUGAGGUAAAGACACGUCAAUAAAAAUAAAAUUUUAUGCUUGACAAAGACUUGGUUUCCGAUAGAAAAUGGAAAAAAGGUCAGUCGAAGUGUUAUAAAGUGUUAUUUUUGGUUUCUAUGCUAUCACAGUUGAAAGGUGAAGGGUUAAAACUGAUUAUACAUAUAAUAAUUGGACUGUAUAGGUACUAACAACUUUUCUUUCAUAAGUGUACGAUGAAGGAGAUCAAAGCUUUCGAAGUAGGUAAAAUGGCAUUGAAAAGACAAUUUCAAUUAUUAGUAUGGAACAUGUAGCCAAAUGGAGAACGACGACGACUUGCUGCUACUACAAAACUUUAUUUAUGGCAAAUUUCACACUUGGGACGAGAUAUGCGUGUUCUUAAAAAGCUUGGCUAAGGAAUAUCCACAAUGGGUAAAUAUAGAAGCGAUAGGAACAACAUUUGAACAGCGGUCAAUUUUCAUGGUAACAAUUUCAAGUAGUUUUGAUAAUGCCGAUAAACCAUCAAUUUUCAUUGAAGCCGGCAUGCAUGCCAGGGAAUGGCUUGCUCCAGCCGUUGUGAUGUAUUCCAUCGGCCAAUUGGUUACCAAUUCUCUGUAUUGGAAACUUAUAGAAGAAACAAGGUGGUAUUUUGUUCCUGUCGCAAAUCCAGACGGCUAUGCUUAUUCCCAUACUACGGAUCGUCUAUGGAGAAAAACUCGUUCACCAACCCUAUUUCCAUAUUGUUUCGGAAUAGACUGCAAUCGAAAUUUCGAUAGUCAUUGGUCAGAAGCCGGUUCUAGUAAAAACCCUUGUUCCGCCGUCUACCACGGUCCCGAACCUUUUUCAGAGCCGGAAACAUCCGCAAUUAAGGAAAUUGUAACACGUAAUGCUUCCCACAUAAAACUUUUUUUAUCGGUACAUAGUUAUGGGCAAGCAAUAGUUUAUCCCUGGAGCCACGAUACCAACAAUUCGGAUGACCUGGAAGAUUUAGAGAAAAUUGUUAAAGAGGUUGUCAAAUCAAUGGAAUCGAUCAAUGGAAAUUUGUAUCGAUAUGGAAACGCGUAUAAACUGACCAACUGUCUAGCGGGCGGUACGAGUUUCGACUGGGCUAAAGAGAAAGCUGGAAUUAAAUAUUCUUAUACCAUUGAACUACCUCCCGACAAUACUAGAAGUUUGGGGUUUCUUGCAGAAAGAAACGAAAUACUGCCUGCAGCUAAAGAAUUCUUUGAUGGUCUUCAAACCUUUCAAAAGUGUAUUCAUAAGGAAUUUUUACAAAACGGAAAUUGAUUGAAAGAUAAGAAGGUUUCCAUAUGUGAAUACAAACUGGGAAUUUUGGGAAUGAAAGGGGUUGUUAUACGUAUAGCUUUUAUUUUUUUAGUUUUGUUGCCUGUUUGUUUGUAAUAAUUUGAGUUGUUCAAAUAAAUACAAAAAAUGA